AUUGAUUCUAAUAGUGGCCUAUAUAGUUCAACAUCGUACAAGCCUAGUUAGCAUGUUCUGUUGUAUCACAUUCUAAAUCUGCCCAGUUUCUUUUUCUGUCUCUUCUCUUUCUCUCUCUCUCUCUCUCUCUCUCUAAACACUGCCAUGGCUCCUAUGAGUCUCCCUCCUGGAUUCAGGUUUCAUCCAACUGAUGAAGAACUUGUUGCUUACUAUCUAGAUAGGAAAAUCAGCGGUCGCACGAUUGAGCUUGAAAUUAUCCCAGAGGUUGAUCUGUACAAGUGUGAGCCUUGGGAUUUACCAGAUAAGUCAUUCUUACCAAGCAAAGACAUGGAGUGGUACUUCUACAGCCCAAGGGACAAGAAGUACCCGAAUGGAUCAAGAACUAACAGGGCAACACGUGCCGGAUACUGGAAAGCCACGGGCAAGGAUAGGGCAGUACACUCUCAGAAGAGGGCAGUUGGCAUGAAGAAGACAUUGGUUUAUUACAGAGGUAGGGCUCCUCACGGCAUCAGAACUAACUGGGUAAUGCAUGAGUAUCGCUUGGUCGAAUCAUCUUCCGCCACUGCUCCUGCAUCAAGUUUAAAGGACUCUUACGCUUUGUGUCGCAUCUUCAAGAAAACCAUACAAAUUCCUAAUAAAACAAAGGAAGCCGUUGAGAACAAUAUUAACGCAGAGAAGGAAGUGGGUUGGGUGUCAGAUGAACAAUUAUUUGGUGAUGAUGCAAGUGGAACUGAAAUUUCAAGAGGGAGAGAUGCUGAAGAUGAGAAUUUCAAUACUUCUUCAUCCGAUGUCACUCAAGGAACACCCAAUGAAACUGGCAUGCCAGAUGAUUAUCACCAAGCUCCAUUCACCUCGGAUGAAGCAAACAGUUCGGCUAAUAUGUGUUCACUUCCCGCGGAUUUCUCGUCCAACCUAUUUCAGGAAAUGCAGAUGCCAGGCUACACAAGUCUUCACUAUCAAGUUCCAUAUCCGCCAUUAGAGUUAGAAGACUUUCCACAGAUAGAUAUAUCCGAGACAAAGCCAGAGAUAAUUGAUGAAUACAUGAUUUAUGACAAGUAUAGGGGCUGCAUGAACGGCUCGUUAGAAGAGAUUUUCUCUCUUUGCUCCUCUCAGGACAAUUCCAUGCCCCUCUCAAUGCAAGAUUGAACACACUAACAAACAUCACUUUAACAACAUUACAUUUAUUUCUCUCUUUUACUUUUAUUGUAAUACUACAAUUUUUUUUUUUCAUUUUUAACACAAAGGUAGAAGGUCGUGUUGGGGCAAAUAACCAAAAUUAGAGGAUUAUUUUGCCUAGCACAAGAUGAUAAGGCUACAUAUUCUUGCUUUUCCUUUUUUACCAUUUUUCAUAUUGUGGUUAAAAAGCUAUGGGUCAAUUUUGAAAGGGAAAUGGAUAAAUCAUUUUAU